AGAAGAACUUGUGGAGGUCUCUGCCACCACCUGGCGAUGGAUGAAGAGAAAUAAGGAGCAGAGGAGCUUCUGGAUCCGAGUCUGUGCUCCGAUGUAUCUCUCUCUCCCCCCUCUCACCAUGAAUGAAAACAUCAUCCUCAGGUAUGCCUCCUAACCCUCAACUGCGCUCCAGCGACCGGCAGCAGCAACAACUACUACAACCAGAGCCGGCCGAUACAUUCUCUGUCUCAUAAUCUCGGAUGAAUGGAACAAACACAUUAUAGCCACAGGAAAAUCAGUGCUCUAAUUUAACUGACAACUUCAAGGAUUCAAAAGAAGUGAUUAAAGAAACCUCAGCCAUGGCGACAAUAGGGGAUUUUGACCCACUCAACUCCACCGUACCUGCGACAAAAAUUGAAAUCACAGUUUCCUGCAGAAACCUGUUAGACAUGGACACCUUUUCUAAGUCAGAUCCAGUGGUGGUGUUGUACGUGCAAGGCCUGGGGACCAAGGAGUGGAGAGAGUUUGGUCGGACAGAAGUUAUUGACAACACACUGAACCCUGACUUUGUGAGGAAGUUUGUCCUUGAUUUCUUCUUUGAAGAGAAGCAGAACCUACGCUUUGAUGUGUACAAUGUGGAUACCAGGAGCUCCAACCUUUCAAAACAUAAGGACUUCCUGGGUCAAAUGUUCUGUACGCUGGGGGAGAUCAUCGGCUCGACUGGCAGCAGGCUGGAAAGGACACUCUCUGGGAUUCCUGGGAAGAAAUGUGGAACCAUCAUCUUCACAGCCGAGGAGCUCAGUAACUGCCGGGACAUAGCCACCAUGCAGCUCUGUGCCAACAAGCUGGAUAAAAAGGAUUUCUUUGGCAAGUCCGACCCUUUCCUCGUCUUCUACCGGAGCAAUGAGGAUGGGACGUUCACCAUCUGCCACAAGACUGAGGUGAUCAAGAACAAUCUGAACCCUGUUUGGCAGCCGUUUACCAUCCCUGUUCGAGCACUCUGUAAUGGAGACUAUGACAGGACAGUCAAGGUGGACGUUUAUGAUUGGGAUAGAGAUGGGAGUCAUGACUUUAUCGGAGAGUUCACCACCAGCUACAGAGAGCUUUCCAGAGGCCAAAGCCAGUUUAAUGUCUAUGAGGUUUUGAAUCCUAAAAAGAAAGGCAAGAAGAAGAAAUACAUCAAUUCAGGGACGGUGACCCUGCUGUCUUUCAAAGUGGAGUCAGAAUGCACAUUUGUCGACUUCAUCAGAGGAGGGACACAACUCAAUUUCACCGUGGCCAUAGACUUCACAGCAUCCAACGGUAACCCGUCUCAGCCUACCUCACUGCACUACAUGAGUCCAUACCAGAUGAAUGCGUACGCCAUGGCACUGAAGGCUGUGGGGGAGAUUAUCCAGGACUACGACAGCGACAAACUCUUCCCAGCAUAUGGCUUUGGAGCUAAGCUUCCCCCGGAUGGCAAGAUCUCCCACGCCUUCCCACUGAACUCAAAUACAGAAAACCCAAACUGUGUGGGCAUCGAUGGUGUACUGGAGGCUUACUUCCAGAGCUUGCGGACUGUUCAGCUGUAUGGCCCAACCAACUUUGCUCCUGUUAUCAACCAGGUGGCUCGGUGUGCUGCAGAAGUGACUGAUGGCUCCCAGUACUUUGUGCUGCUGAUGAUCACAGACGGCGUCAUCUCAGACAUGGCUCAGACUAAAGAGUCUGUGGUUAAUGCAGCCUCGCUGCCCAUGUCUAUCAUCAUAGUAGGAGUGGGCCCUGCUGAGUUUGAUGCUAUGGAGGAGCUAGAUGGUGAUGAGGUCAGAGUGUCCUCCAGGGGACGCUUUGCUGAAAGAGACAUUGUCCAGUUUGUUCCUUUCCGGGACUACAUCGACCGGUCAGGGAACCAGGUCCUGAGCAUGGCCCGACUGGCUAAGGAUGUCCUGGCAGAGAUUCCUGACCAGCUGCUGUCCUUCAUGAAGAGCCGGGGGAUUGAUCCCCGGCCCCCUCUGCCUGCCACCUCCGACUCCCCCUCAAUGUCCACCACCACCACAACCACCACUCCUGCUCCCAAAGCACGCAACAUGCAUGCCUGAAAUGAGAGCAGCGAUAGAAGCAGUAUGAUAACUGGAGAUUUAGGCAAAGGGAUAUGUGUGUUUGUGUCUGUGUGUACAGUAUGUUUGUGUGUUGCAUGGUUUUUUCGGGUUGGUUGACAGUAUCUGAGUCAGGAUUUUGAACAUUUACACAGUAAAUUGAAAGUGACACCUACCAGAAGAGAAUCCAGUGUUGGUGGGGAUGAUUCCUCCAAAAGGAUCUGGAGUGGAAGUGUAUAAAAAAGCACUUUUGAUCUUUUUCACAUUUCUGGUUCUGAUGUUUUUCAGCACCUAUCAUGAUACAUCUUCUGCAAGUGCACCAUGCUACGCAAUUACCAACAAACUGCUUUUAAAUCAAAGGCUUCAACUGUAGUUUAGCACUUUUUCCCCAGUCAUCAAUUCUGACAUUUCAAACAAGUGACAAAAACCACUACGGACUUUUUUGCCAACACAGCUUCUGCAGAAGUCGAGUCUACAGCUCUGUCCGCCCCACUGAAGUUUCUGUGACACUGUUCCCGCUCACAGUGAUAGGAGUGUCUUGCUGUAAUAGAGUAAUAAAUGAGGUAGCCGGGCAAUUGAUUGGUAUCAGUUGUGAAGAAAGACAGCAUUGAGGAUGAUGUCCUUUCCUUUUUUGUUUAUUCUCAGGGCAUUUUAAAGGCUUGACAGUAACACAGGGGACCUGAAAAUAGAGAAGCAGAAAUUAAAUCCUGUCCUGGUUGUGGCAUCUGGGAGCCAGUGGACACUGGUUCUUUUUAUUGCUUCAUGAAAAUGUAUGCUGUAAAUUGCUGUAUGCUUAACAUGAAAUUCUAAUAUGGUUUUAUGUACAGGGGUGGUGAAUACCCUACAUUUCAAGGUCAACAUUCAGAGACAGAGCGUUGGAAAGUCUGAACUAAUCACAACUGGACAUGAAGGGAGGUGCUUACAAGCACCUUCUGAAAGCAGAAAAUAUAUAAGGCCAUGAAAUUGGUUCGGGGUGGAGAACAGAGUGAAAUAUCCUCCACUCCAGCACUCCACUUCCUCCAGCCACAUAUAAUGUAAUAUCAGAAGUAACAGAUUAUUUCAGCCCCUGUUGCAAAACUGAAUAUAACCAUUUCUGUGUGCUCCGCUGUACCCCCUCUUUCUCUAAAUUGGGGCUGUCAUUUGGGAUGAAUCAUUCAUAAGGUGGGUGCCUCUGGUUCUCCAGCUGUCUGGAGCGUGUAUCUGUUUAAAAUGAAUAGAGUUGGUCAGUGUGCAUUUCACAGGCCAGGAUACUCAGAUGUAGCAGAGAAUGUGUGAAAGUGCCAGGGUCCCCUUUACUUUUCUUCAUCUUUGACUGAAAAGAAGACACCAAGAAAAGAGUGAAGGGAGAGCGAGUUUUGGUAUGUAGUCCUAUGUCAAAAUCCCUGAGGAAGUUGCAAUGUGCUGACUACUUUUGGAAAUUUAUGCAGUUUUCCCUCAUCACUUCUAGUGUUUGAUCUAUGGCUGCACAUUUCCUGUGGCUGUCAGUCAGGGCUCAUCAGCUGCUGUAUAAACAGGCUGAUUUGCAAUGAAUGUUGACUUUUUUCAGGUUUACACCUUUUAUUUUUGUUUCAUUUCUUAUGCCUUGGGUGCAUGAAUGAUUCAAGCUAAAAUGAGCUAGUUCUUGAGUUGAAAUCCCAGAUUAGUUUUACUAUGGCAAGUUGUGCUCUUGUCCUCAUGUACACUCCUAAAAACAGAUACUGUGCAGUUCGGUCAAACUCUUUUGUCUCUGACCUUUGACACUUGCUGUAAGCUUAGUUAACAACUAAAGAUGAAUGGUUCAACCUAAAAGCAUUGGCAAGUGGGGGAAGUCUGUAAAGAUAAUAAUAAUAAUGAAUGGAGUCAUCUGGAUUAUUAAGCAUGUGUCAUAUUGUAUCAGAAAGGAAAUGGAUAUGUGGCCUUAUUUCUGUCAUAAUCCUACAAGUAUGUGUGAGGCAGGACUCUAUUUUUAUAUGACAAAACAAGAAAUCCAUGUUAUUUUGCAUGCUUAUUUGGCUGAUAUGCUGCCAAUGAUUGUACUUGUUCAGAAAAUCUGUAUCUUUAUUCAUAUCUGAAAAUGAAUUCAUACAAAAUUCCUACGUGUUGACUUGUGUAAUGUGCAGGAGCGUUCUUUCUACUUCUACUGUUUUUGUGUAUGGUAUACUUGAAGGAACUGCCAAUGUAAUACUCUAAAACAUAUAAGAGAUACAUGAAUAGUAGGAUAGAUUUGUAUCACACUGUGUUUAAAACAUGCAUGUAUGUGUAUUAUGAUCAAGUACACCAACCCAAAGUCACAUAACUUAUUGGAUAUUUUUGUAUGAAGCAUGAUGAGCUUUCUAUACAGUGUGUACAGUAUUAGUUCAUUACACUGACAAACAAUACACUGCUCACUGCUUCUCCCCUGUCUAGUGUGCUGCGUACAGCCUACAUGUAGGUAAAAUGUAAAUAUGUCUAAAGUGAUUUACAGAAUAUUUUGUGAACAGUCUUCCUUCCUUCCAUUUUGUUCCUCUCUGAUACUCUAAAUGUAUGUCUGCUAUCUUUGUCUCCAUUUGUGUUGGUCAGAAUUUAGUUAUAGGUUUGUCUGUCUAACCAAAUAAAGAUAUUAUUUAAGGCUCAUCUCUAGUCUGUGCCCAGCAGUGCAGUCUGUUGCUAUUUUGACAGUAAUUAAUGGGGUUUUGUUAGGGACCGUACAAAAAUUAUUAGGGAAAUUUUCAGUCACCUCACAUUUACAUUUUAGCCUUCGCUUGCAGGAUUAGUGGAGGAAAGGGAUCACACUAUUGGAAAUGAUGGCUUUAGUAUGUGCAGAGGGCCAUUUCCUGUCUGUGUUUCCAGGUUUUACUUUUUUCUUAAUUUUUACUUUAGCCUGCACCUGAGAAAGUUAAAAAGUGUCACUGGCCAAUAUUAUAAUUACUGUUCAUCCUUUUGAUCUCUUCAAAAAUGGCUAAUUCAUCAGUUUGUUGUGUUUUCCAUAAAAUUGCAAAUUUAACUUAUCUCUAUUGUAAAAAUUAUUAUGCCAGUUUUAUUUGCUACUUUUUGAGAUAUAGCUGGGACUAGGUUGCAGUUUUGUUUCAAGGGAAGGGUCCAAAGAAAAUACAAAACUAUGGAGACAGUCUGGCUUAAAAAAAAA